GGGGGGAGGUGGGGGGUAGGGGGCGCCUCCGCCUACCGAGGGGGAGGGAGGUUGCACCGUCUCCCGGGGUCCUCAGGACGUCCUGCUGGUGGUCCCCCAUCUCCUCUGACAUCCCCUUGCCAAGCUCCACUUGCCGCCCCCCGCCAUCCUCCUCACCCCGGCGCCCCGGUCCCCCCAGCCCCCCUCCACACACCUGUCCGGCUCCCCACGGCCGCCCCGGCCCUGUCCGUCCUCGGAUCCCAGGCCCUUAGGGCAGAUAAAUACUCGCGCGUGACCUCCCCACGGGUUGCCCCGUACCGGUUUCUCUGGGAGAGAGGCGGGGCCGAGAGUUUCGCGUUGCUGCUAAUCCGCUUUUUAGUAGCUUUGGGCCCCCUCCUCCAGCAGCCGGUUCUCUCUCCGCGAAGGGGAGGGCGGGAUCCGAGUCUCGGGGUCUCCUCUGCCCGGAGUGUGCUGCUCUGAGGGCGAUCUUACCGGGGGCUGGUUGGGAGUCCUGGGAGUGAGGUGGGGGCUUCCACAGCCCGCUGAGCCCAGAAUCCUUCCCCUGCUGCGGUACAGAGCUUCUGGCAGCCCCAUUGUUUGGUGGUCUCUGCCCACCAAGCACUGAACCUUAAAUGUUGAAGAACAGCAGUGAAACAUCAGGUCGAUCACUCCCAGCUUUUCCCGGGAACUUUCUACUAUUCAGGAAUGUCUUAAAUCUGGCACACGCACCGCAGCUUCCGUGGCAGACGUUCGUAAUCAUAGCCAUCUUUAAUGCGGCAUCUUGAUGGAACUUCAGAAUCUUUUCGAAUAUAGUUCCAGGAGCCCACUAUCAGUAAAUCUACAAGAUGAACCGGUUUCUGCCAUCCCUGUACAAGUAGACCCUGCAGACGUUCGAAUCCCUUUCUACAUGCCUCUGUGUCAUGCGUUCUAUGUGGUUUGCAGGAAAAAUUUAGAUAGCACAACAGUGGCAAUUCAUGAUGAGGAGAUCUACUGCAAAUCCUGCUACGGGAAGAAGUAUGGGCCCAAAGGCUACGGUUACGGCCAGGGCGCCGGCACGCUCAACAUGGACCGGGGUGAGAGGCUGGGCAUCAAGCCAGAGAGUGCUCAACCUCACAGGCCUACAACAAAUCCAAACACUUCUAAAUUUGCUCAGAAAUACGGAGGUGCUGAGAAGUGUUCCAGAUGUGGGGAUUCUGUGUAUGCUGCUGAGAAGAUAAUUGGAGCUGGAAAGCCCUGGCACAAAAACUGUUUCCGGUGUGCCAAGUGUGGGAAGAGUCUUGAAUCCACAACCCUGACUGAGAAAGAAGGUGAAAUCUAUUGUAAAGGAUGCUAUGCAAAGAACUUUGGACCCAAGGGAUUUGGCUAUGGCCAAGGAGCAGGAGCCCUCGUUCAUGCUCAGUAGAGUGUAAGCCCAGAACCAAGAUCGCACACUGAGAACCUCUACAUCCUCUAGGCACAGAUAAUCUACCACUAAACUACUGUGAAAUUCUGCCAGCACUUAAGUACUGUCUGUUGUCCCGUACGUGGAGAGGCUGGCUGACUCGUAGGAAGAGAGCACGGUGUCCUUUUGCUUUAUUCAUCAGCAUUUUCAAGAAUUGUUUCUUUUACAUUUUAAAUAAAACUUCAGCUUGA